ACUGAGAAACGAGGACUACUGAGUCAAACCUGCAUCGAUAACUGUGUUGACGCUUGAGAAUGGAAGAAGGCGUGAAGAGAUGGGUGGUAGACAUAUCCAAGUGGGACCCACACCCAUGUGACUUCUCCUUCGCUCUCUCCCUCCUUCCUUCCCACCACCACUCCUCCGUUAUCAGGUUUCUUAAGAUGGAAGACAAGAAGCGUGCACUUGUAAGCCGAAUGCUUCAGUAUGCCCUUGUCUAUGAUCUCUUCCAAAUCCCAUUUUCUCGCAUUCUCAUCCAACGAACUCCGCAAGGCAAACCAUAUUUGGAUUAUGAUAAAUUGGAUCUUAGAUUCCCAAAUUUUAAUUUCAAUGUAUCACAUCAUGGUGACUAUGUGGCCAUAGCAUCUGAACCUGUAUGUCUUGUGGGGAUAGACAUUGUCUCCUAUGCUGUACCACAGGGAGAAACAAUUUCAGAAUUCAUUCAAUUCUUCUCAUCGUACUUUUCAAAUUUGGAAUGGAAUAACAUAGUCAAUGCUGGCACUUCUGAUGAUGUGUUAAUAGAAUUUUACAGGUAUUGGAGCCUAAAAGAAGCAUAUGUUAAAGCUAUAGGGAGUGGACUGACUGAAGGGUUGAAUAAAGUGGAAUUUUCUCACACAAGCUGGACUAAUAUAUCAGCUAAAAUGGAUGGGAAGGUUAUGACAGAGUGGAGAUUUUGGCUGUUUGAGCUUGGGGAUAGACAUUGUGUUUCAAUUGCAAGAGUUCACCCAAUAUCAGCUGCUAUGAGUUACAGAACAACAUUGAAGAAAGUGGACUUUACUGAAGACGAAUAUAAUCUAGGUCUUCAUCUCCCAAAUGUAGACUUAGUUAAACUAGAAGUAGAGCAACUUAUUUCAGUUAUACAGAAAUCAUUUGAUUGUAAGCAUACUGGUUAG